AUGCGCUUUUUCUUGUUGUUAUUGCUGCUGGCUACGGUAGCUACCGUAAUCGAGUCGUCUCCGUUGUCUUCCGGUCCUGAUGGGGGUGGAACGGGUCUAAUGAGGAGAAAGCGAUCCAGUCACGGCAACUGCAAGCGUGACGAGGACUGCUUCAAGGGACAAAUCUGCGAAUUCCGCGAGACGGCUAAUGCCAUGUUCUGCGGACGUGGAAAA